AUGCUUUUACACGAGAAUCAAUGCAUAUCUUUUAAAAAACACAAAGCAAGUAUAGAGAGAAUCGACCUUCAAGAGACAGAGACAGAUUCUUUGUUCGUGAAUCGGAUCUCUGAUUCCGGCGUUACCUUCGAUGUUCGUCAUAUUAUAAUCAUCAGAUUUUGCAGGUAUGAAAUAAGAAUUCCAGAGAAAAAAUGUGGAGUUUUGGUUCAAAAGCCAUUGCUAGUAACAAAUCUCUAAGACCUAAUGAAGCACCUUGUUCAGAUUGCUCAGAAUCAGAUGAUGAGAUCUCCAUAGAUAACAACAUCCAAGAAGAAGGUGAAGGUCUAGAAUGCCCAAUUUGCUGUGAAUCCUUCAAUAUAGUAGAAAAUGUGCCCUACGUUUUAUUAUGUGGCCACACCCUGUGUAAAAACUGUGUCCUAGGGUUACAAUCGUCUGUUAUAAAACUCCUCCCAAGUUUCCCACUUCACCUCCCAUUUUUCAUUUCUUGCCCCUGGUGCAAUAAUUUAUCAUUUCGGAUCCUUUACAAAGGAACCCUCAAGUUUCCUCGCAAGAAUUACUUUCUUGUUUGGAUGGUUGAGAGCUUAAAUGGUGAUCGAGUCAUCAAGUCUCAUUCCUCUUAUUUGGACAAUCAUCAUCAUCACCCUGUUUGUCAAACCGGGUCUGUCGGCCCACGGGUUCAUGGGUCCGGUGCACCGGAAAGGAUCCAUUUGUCGCUUCGUAAGUCGUUGAUGUUUUUUGUUAAUUUAACGGCUAAGUUUCCGUUGAUUUUUAUGUUUUUGGUUAUUGUUGUUUAUGCAAUUCCUGCAAGUAUAGCAAUAUUGCUUUUGUAUAUUCUUGUCACUAUUCUGUUUGCUGUUCCAUCUUUUCUUGUUUUGUAUUUCGCGUACCCUGGUCUUGAUUGGCUUGUUUCAGAAAUUGUCAAUUAAGUGUGUGUAUUGUUUCUCGUGUUUGUCCAUGUCAACUGUCUUUUCGAUUUCCUGUAUGUAAAAAAGGACAUUUUCUUGUGAAUAUAAUUUAAUGGUGGUUUAUAUGUUUUGGUUUCGUUUUAUUCCAUGCCUGUAAAUUCAGUUUAAUAUAAACCAAAUAAAAAGGCAAACAUAAAAUGGGAAUUUGGAAUAUGUUGGGAGGUUUCUUCUAAAAAUAGAAAGAGAUGUUUGGGUGUCUCUCAUGCAAAUGCAACGCAACAAAGAAAAUUUUCUUCCUUUCAAACCUAAAGUAGAAACCUUCUUCCUCUCAAGUUCUUGGGUUUAGAUCUUCAUCGUUAUUUUCCAUAAAAGAUUUUAUGUUGGUGUUGAAGACACUGCUUCACAUUGGCAUGGAAAAAAUCGUGCCUGACAAGCACUCAAGAAGACACUCAACAGGGAACUUAGCCUUUGAAUACACAGACGUUUCAAGUCGAUAUCUCAAAGAUCCAGUGUCCUCCUGCCACGACAACUGCAAACCCGAAAAAUCAAACAAAACUCCUCCAAUUUCCAAGAGAAUCUUUACACAAUUAAUCCCCAAACAUUCCACUAAAGAUGUCAAGACCAACAGCGCUUCCCUUCUCAAACCUCUCCCCAUGGAACCCAAAAAACAAAAUUUCUUGAAGUCAAAGUCCAAGAUAAAGUCAACCGAUCCGUUUUAUAUCCCACCUUCAACAACCCAUAGAAGGCGUUACAGUGAGAUCCUCCUACCCACCGGUGGUUUGGGUGAUGUUCUUGAUCAACCACCAGCUCCAGGUUUGACCAGAUCUAGGAGUAGCAGUAAAAAGAUCGAACCAAAAAAAGAUCCAAAUUCAAAUUCAAAAGCAAACUCUGUGAAAACAUUGGAAAAUGGCAACUUUUCUAAAAAGGUGCAGACUUCAAAACCCCAAAAGCCAUUGGUUGACCAUGGUUCAAGAAAGUCAAAGCCCGCAAAACCUGUUGAAGAAAAGAGCGAUGAAACUCGUAUUUCAACUUCCGAUGAGAAAGUAAUUGCAAAUGAUUCCAAUGAAACUCAGAAAGAUGAAACCCUAAGAAGUGAUGAUGGUAAUGAAUCGGAGACCCCUUCAACUUCAAAGAAAGAUGAAACCCUAAGAAGCCAUGAUCAAAUUCAAAGCAACGGUGGUUCAGGAGGAAAGAAACCAGAAACACCGAGGCGGGUUGGAAAGUUGGUGAAGGAAAACGGAGAUAAUUUGCCUCAGAAGAUCAAACUUAAGCAAGGGAAGAUUGUUGAUGCGCAGUCUUCUGGGUGUAGCACUCCAACUAAGCAUAAGUUAAGGCAACAAGCGUUGGAUGAAAAAAAUCAAAACCAAAAUCAAGAUGAUGAUGAUGAUAAGAGGGGAAGUUUGAGGAGAAUGCCUUCUGGUGGUGGGUUACAACGUCAGGGAAGUAGUAAGUUAGUGAAUGUGGUUCUUAAAGCUCAAGAAGUGGAAAAGAAUAAGAAUAAACAACAUUCGGGUUUAAAUAAUGUGAUUGAAGAGACCGCUAGUAAGCUUAUUCAAACCAGGAAGAGCCGAGUCAAAGCGCUUGUUGGUGCUUUCGAAAUGAUCUCUGAAUCCAAAUUAUAAUACGUAUAAUCAUAUUCCUGUAUUCUGUAUCCUCACUGGGAUUUUAAUUAUCUUUGGAAAAAAAAAAAAAAAAAAAUUAUAGAGUUUUUUAUAUAUUUGUUAUAUGCAC